AUAACGAUCCUAAAGAACCAGCACAGGAUAUAGACCAGCAGAUUAAGAAGCACAUUGACAAACAAGCUGGAUUAAUAGAUGGUGAACCAAAUCUUAAUAACAACCAACCUACAGAAGAAGAGCAGAGCAAUCUCACAACACCUGUAACAAUAUACUCAUCUUCAGGAACAAAAGAUGAUAUUAUUCCAGGUAAUUAUCCACCUACUCCUACAUUCAACAGAAGGAUAGUAAAUCUGAUGACACAAGACACUGCAUCCAGUGCAGAUAAUGUACUGUCAAUAAUAAGACACAAG